CUUCCUUCAAAUCUCCAACUCAAACCAUGUCUAAAACGAAAGCCUCCUCCAAGCAGCAACAGAGAGUAUGCAGGGCAUUGUGUUGCAGCAGCUGCCGGCUUAGCGUGUCUUCGUCUAGCUCGGAGGAAGUAGCGAGCUCUAGUUCCGAUAGGUACCCUUCGAUAUCAAGCCUAUCGCAUGCCAUGGUUCAAGAGAGACUCGACCAGAUGAUCAGGGAAAGGCAGGAGGGAUCGAGGCACGUUGAUCAUCGGAGAAGAAAGCAGAGAGCUGGUGACGAUCAUGAUCAACUUCAAGCAGGAGGAGGGACUAAAUUUGUUGUAAUGGUUGCAAUGGAGAAGUGUUCUUAUGAUCCGAGGGAGGAUUUCAGGGAGUCCAUGGCGGCGAUGAUAGUGGCAAACCGGAUAGAAGAGCCUAAGGAUCUUCGUAGCCUCUUGAAUUAUUACGUUUCGAUGAAUUCCGAUGAGUAUCGUGGAAUUAUACUUGAGGUGUUUCAUCAAGUUUGCUCUGAUUUAUUCUUAUGUAAAUUCCAUUAAUUGAUAAGGAGCACAUUGUAAAAGUAUUCGAGCAUAUUAUAA